GCUUCAGUCCCCAUCAUGGAGAGUCAGAGAGUCCAGUCCUCAUACAGGAAGCGUUUUGGGCCUCAGGGCUCGGGCAGCACAGGAGUCAGAAUUGGGAGCCUUUCUUCUGGCCGCCUCUCCUGGCAUGGCACCCCUCGCAACCUCACCCACUCCAGCCCCAUGUCCCGGAUCUCCUUGGGCUCAUCCAACGCGGCCUUUCUCCUGGGGAGCCCCGUGGACCGGCUGGACUUCUCAGCUGACACCCUGAUGAAGGCCCAGUACAAGGAGACGCGCACCAACGAGAAGAUGGAGAUGAUGGGCCUGAACGACCGCUUUGCCAGCUACAUAGAGAAGGUGCGCCUGCUGGAGCAACAGAACAAGGUGCUGGUGGCCGAGCUGAACCAGCUGAAGGGGAAGGAGCCCAGCCGCCUCGGGGACAUCUACCAGGAGGAGCUGAGGGAGCUGCGCAGGCAGGUGGACGGGCUCACCACUGGGAAAGCUCGGCUGGAGAUAGAGAAGGACAACCUGGCUGCAGAUCUGGCCAUGCUCAAGCAGAGGUUGCAAGAUGAGAUUGGCCUCCGACAGGAUGCAGAGAACAAUUUGAAUGCCUACAGACAGGAUGUGGAUGAGGCGGCUCUCAAUCGUGUCCAGUUAGAGAGGAAGAUCGAUGCCCUGCAGGAUGAGAUAAACUUCCUGAAGAAAACUCACGAGGAGGAGCAGCGUGAGUUACAGGAGCAGAUCUUGGCCCAGCAGGUGCACGUGGACCUGGAUGUUUCCAAACCGGACCUGACUGCUGCUCUGAGGGACAUCAGGGUCCAGUAUGAAACCAUGGCCUCCUCAAACAUGCAGGAGACGGAGGAGUGGUACCGAUCCAAGUUUGCUGAUCUGACAGAUGCAGCCAAUCGAAACGCAGAAGCCCUGCGUCAGGCCAAACAGGAGGCUAAUGACUACCGGCGCCAGAUCCAAGUGGUGACCUGCGAUCUGGAGUCUCUUCGUGGGACAAACGAGUCUCUGGAACGCCAGCUCCGGGAGAUGGAAGACCGCUUCUCCAUGGAGACCUCUGGUUAUCAGGAUACAGUGAGCCGCCUGGAGGAGGACAUCCACGCUCUGAAGGAGGAGAUGGCGAGACACCUGCAGGAGUACCAGGACCUACUCAACGUCAAGCUCGCCCUGGACAUCGAGAUCGCCACCUACAGGAAACUGCUGGAGGGAGAGGAGAGCAGGAUCACCAUCCCAGUUCAGAGCUUUUCCAACCUGCAGUUUAGAGAAACCAACCUGGACACUAAAACCCCAGAGGCCCAUGUGAAGAGGAGCAUCCUGGUUCGGACUGUGGAGACCAGAGAUGGAGAGAUCAUUAAGGAAUCAACAACUGAACACAAAGAUCUUCCUUAAAGGUCCAGGCCUUGGUCACGAUCUGAAGAUUAUUACAUUUUGUUUUCCAAACCCCAAAACUGUCCCAUCAGAGUCAUCCUAUCAUUUCAUUUAUCUCUCCUUUUAUCAUCACCUGCAGGCUAAUCCGUUUGAAAGACUCCUAGACUCCCUCAUUAGAAUUUCUGCCAAAAACAUCUUUUUGUACAGCUGUGAGUAGGAUGUUGGCCAGCAUCCCGUUCCGGUAAAAACUACUGGAAAUCACUCAUAACCUGUUUUAAUUUUAUCUCCAGACUCUCUUAACAAACCAGAUUUGUAGCAUUGUUUCAGAUUAGCUGCCAUAGAAGAGGCCUUGAAACGUAGAAAUUUUGUUCAGCUAAUAUAUAGCAUGGUGGAGGUUGACGUGUGGUUAUGUGUAUGUGAAAUGUGGCAUGGGAAGUAUGAGUGAGAGUUUUGCAGACAUCAGAAUCGGAUUGAGGCAGGAAAUGAGAGGUAUGUUAGAUCAGCUUUCUGCAGGUGAAUUUGGACUGAUUUUUUUUUUUUUACCCUUUGCCUGGUGCUAUUUUGCAUUUUAUUCCUUUGUUUUAGCAGCAGCCUCCACUGCUUAUAUGUUGCUGCUUGUAUUACCUGCACAGGUGUUUUUAAUUGGUCUAAUUCUGGCUGAUUAGACAUUUUGUUCAGAUUGGAGCUGACUGAGGCCACGUUUAUACAUAGCAGGGUAUUUAGAGAAACAAAUAUUUCCCCCCCUCCGUUUUCAAAAAAGUUGUCAUUUAUAUCAACCCGCAUAAAUACGCCAUCGAGCACCAUUAUAAGUAUGCCAAACCUAUGGGCGGCAGUGUAGGGAGAAGGAUAAAGCCAUGCAAGCCAAUCAGAAUCCUCAGAAUCAACAACGAAUAACACAAGCGACUUCCUGUUCCUUUCAAAACAACUAGAUAGAAGGAGCGUGAGAACCUAAAACCCUGUUUCUCCCAGUUGACAUGGCAACACAUAUCCGGAGUUUUUCCAACUUCUCCACUUUGCCCGGAGUUUUUAGAAAUAAUCGUUUUCCGUGAUAAAAAUGGGGUUUUCGUGUAAAUGAGAGGCCAAACCACAUGGAAAUAUCUGCGUUUUCCCUUCGUGUAAACGGGGCCUGAGUGGAGCAAUGCUGUCAGUUUGCACGGAUCGUCACAUCCAAUCUAGUGUGUAUUGAAGUUACUUUUCCACAAAUCUCAACCUCACUGAGUGGCCAAGCAACUUGCUAUGGCUGUUUUUGAUGGGUAAAACUGCAGAACCAGGAGAUGCAACAAGAAAUAUUUUGUGCAACAUACUGGACAGUCUGUAAUCUGUAGACACGGUGUGAGUGUAUAGACAUGGGGAUCAGGGAGGUAGAAAAGAGUCGAGCACAAUGUGUCACAUCAGACAAACUGAUAUAGCUGGCAGCAACAAGAUUAAAUCACUGCAGAGUCCAAAAUGGAUCAAAGGUAUGUUUGAUUUAUGAGUUUUGGCAUUCAGAUUCCAAUUAUCUUCAUAUUACAGCACCACUCAGCAAAAAAAAAAAAACCUUGAUGAAUUCUGUUUAUUUGUACAGUAAUUUGCAUAAAAGCCCAUUUUAGCUGUGUGCUUUUCCAUACGACUGCACCCGCAACAGCAGAUGCUGAGUGUUUGUAUGCUUUCAACUCAGAGGGCAGUGACCAUGGCAACCUUUACAGUGACGUAACAUAUUAUGUAUUUCGUUUAUGAAAAGUUUUCCCAUCAACAGGUACAACAUUACUAACACAAGUCUGUAUAAAAACCCACACAUUCCUGGGGGGAGGUCUAACGAGCCAAAAUAAACAAGAAUAACUGUGUGUGUUUUAAACUUUCCUCCAUCACUUCUGCUCUUCUGCAUCCUCCAUUCAUCCCACACUCAGCUUCUGGUGCCCUCUGUCUCUUGAACACAACCUGAUAAGACGUCUUUUGACACCAGGACGCGUCAGGGCAUGCAUGAGGAGGUGUUUGGAAGCCGAGUGUCCUCCAGCCUCCAGUUAAUCCACUAAACUCCAAAUCCACUAGCCAGUUUCUGUAGUGUUUGACUGAUAGCAGAGAGAGAGAGAGAGAAAGAGGCAGACAGGGCUGUGGAGAUAACCUCCAGUAAAUCCCACAGCACCAGAAGUCCUUAUUUUUCUAUUUUGAAAGGGAGGAUGCUGGGGUGAAAAGGAAAAGCAUGCUAGGAUUAAAGAUGGAUAGAUAGAUGGAUGGAUGGAUGGAUGUCACAACUCAAACAUUGUAAUCCAGGCCUCCUGCAUUGUUAGGAGUCCUGCUGACUGGAGCCAUGCUGACAGGCCCUGCCACUAAUGAGAGUGGUGCUACGCCGAAGCUGGCUGUCGCUGUGCUCAUCACCAAGGACAAGCUGUGAAUUUGUGUUCCCAUGUGCCUCCCACCUUCCCCCCUCCACAACUUCCACUCCUGUCACUCAAACCCCUUCUCCUGGUUCUCCCAAUAACAUACAGCCCUCUCUUCCAUUUACUUUGGGGUUUUUCUGAAUGUCGAUCUUAUUUAGAAUCUCUGAGUCUCGUAGCGAAGACGCAGGUGAAUCGUGCUUUGUUGCGGGGGAAAAACCUCUGCAGAUGUGAAUAUAACAUUAGUUUUGACCAACGCUACACACUGUGACGUCAUGUUAACUUAACAACAAUAAAACCUUUGGCUUGUUAGA